AUGCACAUAGCCCUCUCGCUUUUUGGUCUCAACGGUGCUCUUGCAAGUGUUACCGGUUUCCUGACUCACAAGGACAAGCUCAAACGCCUCGAUAUCGUAGGCUGUUUUUUGAUGCUCUCUUCCAUCAUUCUUCUCAUCCUCGGCAUCACUCUCGGUGACUCGAGGGGCUGGAAGACGGCUGGCUUCUUGGUGCCGUUCCUGCUCUGCUGGGCGAUCUUUGUCAGAUUCUUCUUCUGGGAGGCCAAGUGUUCUGACGGAUAUGCUCUCAUCCCGUCUAGCUUCUGGAAGAUACCAAACAUGACUCUCUUGAUUGUGUUUGCGAUUGGCAUCUACCCAUGGUGGGCAGUCAGCCAGCACCCUCUCAUGGAGCGCUUCAUCAGCUUUUACGGUGAAUCGUCAAUCAUUGCCGCCGUCCGCUUCCUCCCUCAAGGCAUCUCAGCCAUCAUCACUGCCUUUGCCGUCCCUCCCCUCCUCCAGCGUCUGGGCAGCCCUCGAAUCCCCCUCGCUGGUGGUAUCUACUGGAAGUUCUUCUUCACUUCCUUCGUCAUUGGCAGUGGCUUCGGGAUGCUCAGCUUCAUCGCCGCAAACAUCACUGUCAUGACAUCCGUCACUCCAGAAACUAGCGGCGUGGCAGGGGGGAGGGCAUACUUCAAGUAUCUCUCCAGGUUGGCUCUGCCCUGGGUAUCACCAUCCAAGCCGGACUCCUCACCCUCAAACCGGGAGGUGUUGCAACUUGGUCCAACGUACAGGCUUCUUUCUGGUUCCAGUUCAGAUGGAUGA